CAUAUCGAGGCUCAUCUUCAGAGACACAGCACAGAGAAAUACUACUGUUCUUCUUGAUUAUUUACAUGUGGACAUUCUCUGACCUCUUUAAAAAUACACAAUUUAAGGACAUUAGUAGCUUGUUAAUGAACAAAGAUGAAACCACUUGGGGGAACAGAGAACAGGAAAACUGACAGAAAGCUCUUCAAGCUACAGGUGGAGAGACGUCGGAGAGAGAGAAUGAACCACAGUCUGGAGAGCCUGAGAACCCUGCUGCUCCAGGGACCACUACAUCAUGGUGUGACUCAGCGUAGAGUGGAGAAAGCUGAGAUCCUGGAACACACUGUUCUCUUUCUCCAGAACACUAGAGAUGGGGACAGGAAGAAAGGCAAAGAUGGAGAAAAGCAACAUCCCUUCCAGGAUGGCUUCUCAGGCUGCCUGCAAAGAGCUGCACACUUCCUGGGACAGGAAGGGGAGGGCCUGCAGCUGGAGGCAGCACUGAACUCUACUUUCUCUGCUCGGCUGAACAGCCAAGCCUGUAUGAACACCGAAGUUCCGGCUAAAGUCCACUCUUCCAUCUCUCUGCCCAAUACAACGUGCCACCAGUCCUCACACCUGAUGAAGAUACAGGAGUCCCACUACAGACAACAGCUUUGUGAAGUAUACAGGAGACAUCUGUCUCAUGCUCACAGAGCUCCACUCCAACAUGGAGAUCCCAAACCUCCCCAGGUGCCCCACAGACACGCUGACAAAGAAGCCCAAUCCCAGAACCUCCCAGGCAGCCAGUCUGUGUGGAGGCCUUGGCCCUGAUCUAGCAGAGGAGCCUGAAUUGGGAUAUUGAACUGUAAAACAACUCUAAUGUCCUAUGAACUGAUAACCAGGAUGCCACAUCAUUUUCUGCUGAGGUUGCUAUGGUGUUAUUAAUUUAUGCAGUGUUGUGAACACCUGAC